UUUGGCAGGAAGGGGCUGUCCUUGUUUAACUACAGGGAGGAAAAUGGUGGAGAGGAAAGUCAGACGGCUACUGUAGACAGAGGGAUACCGACAGUUUUAUCUCUGCCUUCAGACUCACUUUGUGUGGACCUUACCGUGGCAGAAGAAAAGCAGCAGUGAUGGCUGAUGCAGAAAAGAUCAGGAAAACUGCAGCCAAGGUGCUGUGCUGCGUGGAGAAGGUGUCCUCCUUCGCCUCCUCCAUCGACCCCAUCUUCGGCAUAGUCUCCUCCCUCGUUGGGGUAGCUCGCAAGGGCCUGAUCAAGGAGGAGGGCCACGUUCUAGACAAGGACUUCCAGGAGCUCCACACCAAACUGGAGAGCAUCUCUGAAAAGAACCACCAAUGCCUGAGGAAGAUCCGCAUCGACGAGGUGAACGAAACCUAUGGCAAGUACGAGGAGUACAUCAAGCACCAGUACGCUGCCUUCAACAAUAUGGUGGCGCAGGUGAAGAAAGACCCAGACAACACCCAGUGCUACAUGGAGACCUUUGAGAAGAUUUAUGAGAGAGACAAGAGUGACAUGAGCCUGGAUGUGUACUACCGGGGUGUGAUGGGUACCAACCUGCUGUUCGGGAAACCCCUGCUGAAGGUGUAUCUGGACAACUGCCAGGGCAACCGUGAGAUCAUGGAGCGCCGCUGUUCACACAUCACCCAUCUGUUCCAUAUGGGCCUCAUCGCCCUCAUGGCCUACACAGCUGUGACAGAGGAUGACGAAGACGAGGUGCGGGAGAAGUGGGCCAAGAGGGUGGAGGAAAUCCAGAGGAAGAUGCAGGAGGUGCUCCGUCAGUGCAAAGACACCUCGUCCUAAAUUUGGACCAGGAGGGAGAGGACAUCGGGGAACAAUCUGUAGUCUCAACUGGGGAACAAUGCUAAAAGACAAAAUAUGUUAUAAUAUAUAUCUUAAUGAAACCAAAGCCAUGUUUUCAUUUGUGCACUUGGGCACAUUAUACUGCAGUUAUUGUAUCGACAUUGUAUGUUAUUUUUUGUUUCAAAGAGACCACUAUAUGUUUCAUUUGCUUUGUGUGACAUGCCAAUAUGCUGAACUUUUAUACAAUCUCUUCAAUUAAAAUGUACAUAUUA